UUUCUUCAGUUCACUUGUCCUUUUCUUCGUCCCAUAUGGAACCCUUUACAACGCUGUUAGUUUUACUGGGCGUGAUAUGAAUGACUACUCAAUUUUGGCUUUUACAUCCUUCACAGCUUUAGUUUUGGUAGUUAAUGGACAGAUUGCUUUUGAUACUUCUUAUUGGACUUGGAUUAAUUGGUUUGUUGUUCUUGGUUCUGUGGCUGUCUAUUUUGGUGUUGUUGUUACUAUAUAUCAGGUUCUCCCAACCCGUUGGCUUUACGGGUAUGUUAGCCUUAUCAAUGUCGAUGUUUUUGCUAGAGCUGUCGCCUUUCCAGGAUUUUGGCUUUCUUUAGCUUUAAUUUGUGCCAUUUUGCUUUUACCAACACUCGGAAACAGAUUUUUCUGGUUUGACGCCCACCCUUCCUAUGCUGACAGGCUUAGAGUAAGGCAUCGUUUAUACGGAGAGGAAAAAGCUGCAAAGCCUUCAACACCUGCAGCACCUCAACAUGCCUUACCCCCUAGAGGGAGAACUUCUAGAUGGAGUUCUAAACAAAGAGAUUUACGUUCUGGCUAUGCUUUUUCGCACUGUGCCGGUUUUGGGGAGUUAAUAGCAAAGGGAACGCUUUUCAAAAAUUUGGAGAAUCUGCGUAUUCCGUCUUUCCAACAUAAACAACAAAUCCAUCCAACAGAAACUAGCAGCAAUACAAGUGGGAAUAAUGAUAGUAGUAACAAAUCUACCCGCCGUUUUACUGUUUUUAAUGGAGGUGGAGGACAUUUGCUAGAUUCUUUCCGUAAUGCUUUACAUGAUCGUCAACAUCAAAAACCUGAAAAUGGGAAUAAUGGUGAUUUUUUCAUUCUUUAA